AUUAAACUUUGCACUUAUUAUGAUAUUGUCUUACAGUUAGAGCCAAACUGAUGCCUAGUUUUGCAGAACCCAUGGCUAACGUGUCGAUAGCAACAGGACGUAACACAAUGCUUGAGUGCACUAUUGAUAAUUUGGCCAAUUAUAAGGUUGCCUGGCUCAAAAUGGACAAGAACUCUGAACCAACUCUUCUAACAAUUCAUACGCAAAGUUUACUACAAGACAAUAGAUUUCGUGUAUCGCAUAACAAUCACAGACAAUGGUAUCUCCAUAUAAAUAAUGUCCAAAUAUCAGACAAGGGUUACUACAUGUGCCAAAUCAAUGCCGAACAAAUGCAGUCUCAAGUGGGCUAUCUAGAUGUGCUAGUUCCUCCUUCUGUAGUGGAAUCUGACACGAGUUCCGAUACGAUUGUUGACGAACGACAAAAACUGUCGCUCAGAUGUCGGGCCAGCGGUUACCCAAUGCCUUCAGUGACCUGGAGGAGGGAAGACGCAAAGGAGAUCAAUCAGGGUCUCUAUGGCGGCAAAAAGUUCCAUGUUCGGCCCAAAAUUAAAGUACAAAACCAAUUAGUGGGCGCUACAGUCAAUAGUGACGUGCAAUUAGAGUGUAGGUGUGAGGCAUCGCCUAAACCACUGACCUCUUGGAUCAGAAGCGAUGGCGUGAUUCUCUUGUCAUCCGAUAAAUACGAAGUGAGUGAAGAACACGACUCUUAUCGGACGCGAAUGACUCUCAAGAUUAACCAUUUGGAUGACAAUGACUUCGGCUCCUAUAAGUGUGUCGCCAAAAACACACAGGGCGAGAAGGAGGGCCUCGUCCGCCUCUACGUGCACACGAGUCCACACGAAUCUAUGGUCACGUCUGGCAAUGAUUUGUCCGCUCCGACGGGUUUACUGAUGGAUCGCAACUCACAUAAUAAGCACGAUAUGAAUGGUGGCGCCAAUAAUAGGGCGUCAAGAGCUCAGAAGACACCACACAAUACCAGUGACAGAGAGAUGAGUGACACUAACAAUCAGGCAAUUAAACUCCACAAUCAAAGCAUAGCUUCGAUGGUAUGUUUGCUCAUCGUUUGGUCCAUUAUAACCAACAUAUUGUUCACUAUUUAAACCAACCAUUAAUUAAACCACAAUUCAAAUGAUGUGUUAAAUAAUAAGUGAAAUAAAAAACACAUUUUAAUCAAAACGAAUAAAUCAAUUAAUUUUGCAUUAAAAACAUAAAGGACUCAAACCAAUCAAAUAAAGUGAACAAUCAUUUGAUGUUUUAUUGGGUGAAGAAUGGAUUGAAAGAAAUAACACAAACACAAGUCGAUUGUCCUAUAAUUGUAUGAAUGGACUUGUUAUGAGAAAUAAUGGUUAAGCUAUGAUAUGACUGGCGCCAUAUGUUAUACAAUGGGCCACAGAAUGAGUGAUUUUUAAUGUUCAGUCUUUUCAUAAUAAUUGCAAAUAUUGUAGAGUAAAGAAAUCAUUGAUUUUUAUAUAUACACAC